UUAGAGUUUUAUGAAAAAUUCUAAGCUGAAUUAUCUCCAUAUUAUCUCCCGCUGAAGAGGGAAUGCACACUAGUUAGUGACUAUCAUCAUCAUCAUCAUCAUCCGUGUGAUUAUUUUUAUUAAUCUUCUUACCAUAGUUUUAAGAUCUUGUUUAUCAUCGACUGCAUGUUUAAUUCUCUGCGAAACUCAAAUGAUGCUCAAGCGUAGCAUCGAACUGAUAAACUGCUUCCAUCUCGAUAACUGAAAUUGUAAAAGAUGACAGAAGUGGAGGUCGCACCAAUUCCCAGCACAUCAUGGCCCAAAGAGUUUCCAGAAUUGAAGGAGUUGGAUGACUUACUAAAAUGUUCAAUAUGCUACGAAUACAUGCAGACAACUUUAAUCUCCGCUUGCUCACACAGUUUUUGCUCAAUUUGUAUCCGACGCUACUUGCAAUAUCAAAACCAAUGUCCGACGUGUUUCUCUCAGUUGUUUGACAAUCAACUUCGAAACAACAGGACUCUUGAUGCAGUUGUUCAAGUAUAUACCAAGGUCAAAGAUAAACUGUGCCAUCACCUUCGCAUAUCCGCAGUUGUCAUUCCUUCAACAUCCAGCACCAGCAAAGACAACGCCGUUAGCUCUCCAAGCACAAGUUCAAGAAGAGAAGAGCCUACAAAAAUCUUAGUUAAAGCAGACGUAAGUCAGUCUAAGGAUGCCCAUUCGACCAGGCCAAAAAAACGCGUAGAGCCUGAAAAAUCGAUCAAGACUCCAAAACGAACUGUAAACAAAAACUUAGAUGAAAUAGAAAUUAUUGAGCCAGAUGUCAGAGAAAGUCCUCGUCAAGUCUCAAAUGUACCGUCCACUCCUGUUUGCCUAGCAUCACCAUCAGUUUCAAAAAUUCGGGUCCCUGACAUGUUUACGACUAGUCCUAAAUCUUAUGGCCCAUCCAGCUCUCAUGAAACCCAAGCCACCGUGCCAUGUCCAGUUUGUAGUGUUGAUAUUCCGGAAGCAAACAUAAACUUACAUUUAGACAAGUGUCUGCUGAGAGCCAGUGGACAGCAGCCAGCCCCUCCAAAAAUCGAGAAUAAAAUGAAAAGGUUACCAAAACUAGUCUACACUCUUUUAUCUGAUAAGGACCUUAAGAAAAAAGCAAAGGAAUAUGGACUGAAUGUUUUAGGCGAUCGAAAAACUUUAAUCUCGCGUUUGAAGCGCUACACAGUAGCCUAUAAUUCAGAAUGCGACAAAGCUGUUCCCAAAUCUCUAAUCGAAAUCCUCCAUGAUGUUGAAAAGGAAGAAAAACUAGAGCAGAGAGCCAACGCGCAAAUUGAAAAACCAACAGCUCUGUUCAACACCAUCACUCGCAGCACUGAUCCAAAGGUGAUUAACGAAGUUAAUGAAAAAUAUAUCAAAGAAAACGAGAGUACAUUCAAAGCACUGAUACAGAAGAUGAAGGACCGUGAGGGAACAAAUAUUAGGCCAACAGGUCAUGUUAACCGAAUUUUUGAUGAUGUAGAUGUGGAUAUGUUUGAGUCGGGCGAUGAUUGUGUUGAGGUUGAUGCUGAACCAAGAGACAUGAACAAAACCGUCAAUGAGCCUCAGGAUAUGAACCGUACUAGAGUGGAAUCUAAUCAUACUCCUAAAAGAAGUUCCUCCAGCAGGUUACCCAAUCAAUUAUUCAACGGAGAAAAAGCUUCCUCUCCGAGUUCACCAAUUGUUGCCUUAAAGCGGCUGCCAGAUCAUAAACUUCCAGGGUCCAGUCUUAGCACCUUGAAUCAAAAUUUUAUAAGCAAUGAUGAAGUGGAUGAACCAGAAGAUGAGCCUGACAAUACUCUCAAUCAAAGUAAUCAAAGUUUUAGUCUACUGGAUGAAUCCCAGCUUGACUUUCCGAUCGAUUCUGAGCCAAAUCUAAAGACUUCAAAUAAUGAACUUUUGCUAAGGACACCAGGAGGUUCAGAAGAAGAUGACUCAGCAAGCAGUGUAGAACUAUUUGUAUCCUCUUCAAGUCGUCAGCGAAAAAGGAAAGAAAUGGCAUCUUCCCCCGCCCCAAGCAAUAACAUUGUCACUAGAAAAUUGCGUAAACGAGUCGAUCGGUAACGCUAGUUCCUUAGCUCCUCAAGGUAAGUGGAAUGUAGGUAUGCUCUUGCUUACCCUUUUGUCCAAAAUGUAGCUUUUUGUUUCUGUUGUGUAAGCCAUGGCAUUAGAUUUAAAUUUCAACAACAUUGUUGCUUGGCUAAAAACGAAUAUAACCAUUAGUGAAAAUGAACCUAUUCAGUGCACGUUAAUCCAUUAAGAAUGGAAAUUCAAUUGCUUUUAGGGAGGUGACUGUUUGUUUAUUUUUAUCAACAGCAGACGGUCAUAUUUGUUUUUGGCCAAGAUUGCUGAGUUGUUAAAAUUCAAAGAUUGCGUCUCAUCUCCUGUGGCAGGAACAAUAAGCUGCAUUUCUGCAAAAAGGGUCACAAGAGUAAGAGCACUACUACAUUUUGCUUCCCUUGUAAACUCCUAACACCUGAUAGGUAUCCUCCCGGUACUUUUCAGGUACCGACAACUUGAUGGAGUCCAUAAUAAUUGACCUCAGAUUUGGCGUUUUUUAUUCAGUGUGAACUUUAAAAAUUCCUGAGGCAAAUUUUAUUUUUUUAUCUUGAAAGUCUGAAAGAAAAUUUAAUUUAGAACAGUCUUGUUGACUGUGAGAGGUUGCAUAAAAAAACUGGGCAGACCUGUACAGUGUUACUAGACUAAUUUUCAGCAUGGAUUUCUGCUUUCGACAAUUGAUUUGUUGCAUUUAAAUAUUUUAAAAUAAUUUUACAAUUGUUUUCCUUUUUUUUUUUUUUACUAUAAAAUACUCAGAAUUGAAUGUUUUUCAAAUAGGACUUGACAUCACAAUAUUCUUAAAAUUUUUACGGAAAAUUAUUGAAUUAGGGUCAGAUUGCUCAGCCUUUUUUUCUCAAUUUCAUAAAAUUUUGCAAGUACACAUUUUGGCUCAUUUCCUCGUGGGAAUCAUUGACUGUUGGUAAAAUAUGGAGGAAAAGAAAGUCAAAAGGUGAAUCAAUGUUUUAUUAUAGAAUUUGUAAGUCAGAAAAAAUUACUGAAAUUCAAUUAGCACAUAAUGAGAAAUUAUCACUCAAAAUCUGAUCAGCUGCGUCGGUCAUCACUCCUCAUGAAAUAAUUUUAGCGGAAAAACCUUCACUGCACCUUUUACUUCUUUCAGUGAUUAGUUUUUAACAACAGCAGAUAUUACCUGUUUGAUAUUUGAAAAAAGACUUUACUGUAUACCUUUUACUGUUACAACUUAACCUAAACGUAUAACUGUAGUUCAAUUUUCAACCAUAAGCUGUCGGUCCAAAAGUAUCCCAGGCAUUUGUUGAGAGGUAAGGAAACUUUUCUCUUUUGACGCAAAGUCUAACAUUAUCAGACAGUUUUACCUAAAAUUUGAAUCACCGACAGUACUUGCAAAAAUGCACUUUUAAAUCAUUUAACUAAUUUCCUGCUCUUAAGUUGUAGCUUCUUCAAUGACUCAAUAAUAGUAUAUAUCAUGUGUGAGCCGAUAGAUUUUUUAAAUUUGACUACCCACACAAGAAAAUCGGUACAUCACGUGUCUGCCGUACAAAUAUAUGAAUUAUUGUUUUUUUAAAUUAUUUUUUGAGUUUAUUGUCCAUUUUACUGUUUAAGAUUUAUUUGUUUAGGUAUAAUGAUUGUGUCUCAUUUCAAUUUUGUCAACCAAAA